CAUAAUUGUUUACCAGAAAGUCAACAAGGUAAACAUCAAAAAAUAAAAUCUUUAAUUGAUAAUGAAGAUUUUAUUAAAAAAAGUAUUUAUUGGGAUAGACAUGAAAAACCUGAUGUUGUUGAAUAUAGAGCUAAAUUUUUAGAAGCUAUGGCAUUAUAUACUAAAUAUAUAAUAAAGUUUGAUAAAGAAUUUAUGAAUGAAAUUUUAUUAAAUUUACCUCCAGAUUGUAAAGAA